AUGACUGUCCCACCCUCAAACCCCGAUUCCUGCUUGUCCUUGGGCCAGGUCAUCGACGGCCAACCAUGUACACUUGAAGGCACACUAUACGGCUACAAGCCCGACCUCGCAGCGAACGCCUUCUUUGCCGCCUUCUUCGCCGUGUGUUUCUUCUGGCAACUAUACUGCGGAAUCCGCUACCGAACGUGGACGUUCAUGAUCGGUCUCUGUCUCGGCUGCAUCGGCGAAGCAGUAGGCUACGGCGGGCGAAUCAUGAUGUACAACGACGUCUUCGACAACGACGCCUUCAUCAUCCAAAUCUGCUGCUUGAUCAUCUCCCCCGCAUUCGUAUCCGCGGGCAUAUACCUCACGCUGAAGCACAUUGUCAUCAACUUCGGCGAAAGAUGGUCCCGCCUUCCGCCCGUGUGGUACACGCGCAUCUUCAUCACCGGCGACAUUUUCUCGCUCGUUCUGCAGGGCGCGGGUGGAGGUCUUGCGUCUACUGCGGACUCGGGCAGUGAUUUGCAGGAUGUGGGUACGAAUCUGAUGAUUGCGGGAGUCAUCUUCCAGGUCGUUAUACUUGCGUUCUUCGGAUAUUUCCUGACGGAAUACGUGGUGCGCACCUACCGCCGUCGCAACCAGCUCUCCGAUGAGUCAAUGGCGUUGUUCCACAAGAAGAGUUUCCGAUGCUUCAUGGGCGCGAUUGUCGUGGCGUACUUCUGCAUAUUGGUGCGGUGUGUGUACCGUAUCCCGGAGUUGACGGGUGGCUGGAGGAGCGAACUGAUGCGCAAUGAGCCUGAGUUCAUUGUGCUCGAGGGAGUGAUGAUUGUCAUUGCUGUAGCAGUUCUGACGGUAUUCCAUCCUGGAUACUGCUUCCCAGCGCUGGGUGACACGAUUGGCAAGAACAAGAAGCAUACCAGGGGAAAGAGUAUCGAGGACUCUGAUAUUGAGAUGAUGAGCACCCGCUGA